CGCUCCACGAUCAGGGCCAUCUUUGGUCGUCCUCGCCGGUGACAGUGUGGACACUUUAUUCCAUUGGCCAUUUAAUGCCUAAUGAUUCACUGAUAAACAUUUAACUUUGAAACGAGCCGUUUAAAGCACUCGUGGAAGAGAAAAGGGAGUGUUUUUUUCCUGGUGGACUCACUGGCUAAAUUAUUUUCCUUCAAAUAAAACACCCUUCAUUUCUCCAGGCAAAAAAAAGAGGGCGAGACGGGAGAGGCGGUGAUACAACAUGGAUGAGGAAUAUGAUGUGAUCGUUUUGGGCACCGGACUCACAGAAUGCAUUCUGUCCGGGAUCAUGUCCGUGAACGGGAAAAAGGUCCUGCACAUGGACAGGAACCCCUACUAUGGUGGCGAGAGCUCCUCCAUCACCCCCCUGGAGGAGCUGUACAAGCGCUUCAGUCUUCCAGAUAGCCCGCCCGAGUCGAUGGGCAGGGGAAGGGACUGGAACGUUGACCUCAUACCCAAGUUCCUCAUGGCCAACGGUCAGCUUGUGAAGAUGCUGCUAUACACAGAGGUGACACGAUACCUGGACUUUAAAGUAGUGGAGGGAAGCUUUGUGUACAAAGGAGGAAAGAUCUACAAGGUGCCGUCGACCGAGACUGAGGCACUAGCUUCAAAUCUGAUGGGAAUGUUUGAGAAGCGAAGGUUUCGGAAGUUCUUAGUCUUUGUGGCCAAUUUCGACGAGAACGACCCCAAGACCUUUGAGGGCGUGGACCCCAAAACCACAACGAUGAGGGAUGUUUACAAGAAGUUUGACCUCGGCCAGGAUGUCAUUGACUUCACUGGCCACGCCCUGGCCCUCUACAGGACAGAUGACUAUCUUGAUGUUCCCUGUUUGGAGACGAUCAAUCGUAUCAAGCUGUAUAGUGAAUCGCUGGCCCGGUAUGGGAAGAGCCCCUACCUCUACCCCCUGUACGGUCUGGGAGAGCUGCCGCAGGGAUUUGCCAGAUUGAGUGCAAUCUACGGAGGGACCUACAUGCUGAACAAACCAGUGGAUGAGAUAGUGAUGGAAGGCGGCCAUGUGAUUGGAGUGAAGUCUGAGGGCGAGGUGGCUCGCUGUAAGCAGCUCAUCUGCGACCCCAGCUACAUCCCGGACCGCGUCCGCAAGGCGGGUCAGGUGAUCCGUCUGAUCUGCGUCCUCAGCCACCCAAUCAAAAACACCAAUGACGCUAACUCCUGCCAGAUCAUCAUUCCUCAGAAUCAGGUUAACCGCAACUCAGACAUCUACGUGUGCAUGAUCUCCUAUGCUCACAAUGUGGCUGCCCAGGGGAAGUACAUCGCCAUCGUCAGCACCACAGUGGAAACCAGCGAGCCCGAGGCUGAGAUAGAGCCGGCCCUGGAGCUGCUGGAGCCCAUCGACCAAAAGUUUGUGGCUAUUAGUGACCUUUAUGAGCCCACAGAUGAUGGUACUGAUAGCCAGGUCUUCGCCUCAAGGACCUACGAUGCCACCACUCACUUCGAGACCACUUGCAACGACAUCAAGGACAUCUACAAACGUAUGACCGGGAGCGACUUUGACUUUGAGAACAUGAAGCGCAAACAGAACGACGUGUUCGGGGAGGACGAGCAGUGAGCGGUAGAGGGGGCUUCCGAGAGAGGGCGGGGCCGGGAGAGGAGGCGGAAAAGGCGAAAAGGGGCGAAAGAGGCGGCAGAGCCCGCGGUAGAGGGCCGGGGCUGCCCGAGCAGUCCUUUAGAAAAAAAAAACGGGUGGGAGCGUGGCGGAGAGGGUGUGUGUUCCUGGGCUCUGCCUGCCCUCAAGCCGUUUGCCUCCUUUUCCUUACGUCCCCCUCUCUCUUGACAACACAUAAAUGCUCACAAACACACACACACAUACACUCUGUUGAAAUACUCACACUCCUUAUCUCUGUCACUGAAAAGCAGGGUUGAUAUGGUCUUUCAUUCCAUUGUAGAAUUUACAGUAUAAUCAUGUCUUAACUAUUACCAUUAGAGGUGACUUUAUUACUUGUCGUUGGCGAUUUUCAAAGCAUUUCAUUCUUUCUGUAACGUCGUUCUCCUCAUAUCAGAGGUUGGGUGGAUGGAAGAUUGAUGGCAUUGAGAGGUGUGAACUGCGAGCUCUGACAUGAGAGAUCUGUAGUAUGGCUUAGUGUAGAAUCCUCUGGAAGGGUCACCUCCAGUCGACAUGCAUGCAUCUUUUACACACGGUAGUAUUGUACAUAGACUCAAAACGACACUGCGGUAUGAAGGCUGGACCAUUCCACGCAUCGCUCCUGUCAACCCUGCUUUCACUUUUCUCUUACUUGGUCUUUUACCUGUGUUUCGUCAAAAAGACUCCGCUCCUUUUGGCAAAAAUCUUGUCGGUCAGGCAAAAAAAAAAUGUGAUGAAAAAUUACAUAUAAAUGGGCUGUUCUGUCAACUGAUAGUGCUCACUUUGCAAUGCUGUUGUGUUCCCUGUGCUAGCAGGCAAGCUAACCAGUGGCUAUUAACUGUCACCCACCUACCCCCCCACCCCCUCCAACAAAAAACUGUUCCUUUGUUUAUCUCUGUUGUGUGAUGUCAAUUUUGAAUUUGAAUAGUUUACUUUCUAACAUUUUUAAAUUAUUGAAGAGUUUUAUUUCUAUAUAUUUGGUGCACAUUUCACUGGCUGAAGUUAUGAAGUUUACAGAUCUGAGGUUGAAACUGUGGUCUUCAAGUUUAAAAAAAAAAGGGAAGCAAAAAGAGGCACGGAGAGGAUUUUUCUAGUGUAAGGCGAGGCUUUCGAUGAAGUAUUCGGGAGGAUUUGGAAUGAAAAACGAAUCGUAAAAAUGGUUGAGAUGCGAGGAAGUGUGGCACGGGGGGAAAAGAAUGUAUGCGUUUUUGGAUUUUGGAAAGUUUCACUUUUGAGUGAAGAGGGUGAAGACUGAAAUUUCGGCUCAUAGUGGAAAGCACCAGAUUGUGUCUUGGUUGUUUCAACCCUUGUGUGUGUCAUUUAGGUAAGUCAUUCCCCUUAGGGACUAAAUCCUAUGGAAAAUUGUAGUUAGAGGGAAAAGCUGGAUACUCCCGUAACUUUAAAAGACUUUGUAGCAAAGGUGUGAAGCCACAGUCGCAGGUGCCGCCCCACGAGAACGAACCAAGUUGCUUUUAUUUGGUUGUAGCCUUAAUUUGGGGUCUUAUUCAAGCGUUCGGGCCCUUUCAAAAGUUGACUGCUUUGUUUUAAUGAACCGUUAGCGGCAGGUCAGUCUUGUGCCAAAAAUGGUUUUGCUGUUAUUGGCAAAAGUUGCUGACGAUGUUGAAAGUGCAGUUUGGUAGUGUAUGUUUGCUCUGCAGAUCUGACUGAAUACUACAGUAGGGAUAUUGUUUUCUAUCAGGGCUGUUAUUGUACACCUGAGUGGACGCAGUUCUUCUGCAGUUGCACGCUCACUCACGGCCAGAUUGAUCUGCGGCUUGUUACACAUCAACAACAAACAGUUUCCUCUUUAAACCACUGAAGCAGUUCCAUCUCACUUUAUACCCACCACGACGAAUCCCUUAAGCAACUCUAAACAAAGUUAUCGCGUGUUUGGGGUGUUGACGUGUCUUAUUGUUAUGCUCUAUUUAUUUGAAUCGUGAAAAGGUUUUAUGUCAAAUGCUGAAUAUGCUAUGCUAUUAGAUUACGUUCUGAUGAUAAAAAAAAUGGAUUUUUAAAAAGUGAUGCACACCGAAAUUCUUUGUUUUUCGUUUGUUAUUUGCCGUGUCAUGUGUUGCGUUCACCUUAUUCAGUGAUCAUUCCAGUGUUGCAUCAUGAUCUAAUAUUAGCAUUCCUAAGAAACCGGUUUUGAAGGAAGGAUAACAGCAAGAUACAGUAUACAGCUGUGUGUGUACAAACAACAUUGUGUGUGGUCUUCAUCCUGGAAACCUGAUAAAAACUGGAAUACUGUUUACUCUUUGAACAUAUCUGAAGCCCUCCCUC